GCGAGCUACCAUCCUUUGCUCGUUUCUGUUUGUGGACAGCAAUUGUUCGCGAAACCCCCGGUGAUAUUUCUCUGGGGCUUCAUGAUCUCGUGGGGGGCCGUGCCAUGUUGACUGUAGCCUCGCAUGUGUUCGCGAGGACUGUCACGCUGGACCCUCGCCUCAAUUGCGCUUCCCAUCGACACCCGCCUUUUUGGUCUGAGCUUGGACACGCUCAGUGCUCCCGAAUAACCCGGCCUGACCUGUGAUCAUAGAUCGGGCCUUAUCAACACCGGAGUCCCAUUACUACCUACCUCUGGGUGGCUACUCUAUGGACCAAUCGAGGCAUCUGCUGGACAAGAUGGUGCAGCAAACAAGACUCGUGUGUUGGGGCGCAGGUACUGCAUACGGGUGAUUAGGUAAUCUGCCUCGCAGGCGCGCCGUUGGGAUCACCCCCCGCCUCCAACCGCGUCGCGUCGCUCGGUCAAGCACCCAAGCAACUGACGUUCAACGAAUUUUCGCCGUGCCCAACCACCACGACCGUCCACCUGCAACGCGCGCAGUACAGCACUCAUGUCGCCAGACUAGCCGACCGUGUCAAUCUCGGUAUCUAACAGCUGCUCCGCCCUGUCCGCUGUGUGGCGUUGGUCGGCAUCAUGUACAUCAAGCAGAUCAUCAUCCAGGGCUUCAAGAGCUACAAGGACCAGACCAUAAUCGAGCCGUUCUCCCCCGGUACAAAUGUCGUCGUCGGACGAAAUGGCUCCGGCAAGAGCAACUUCUUCGCUGCCAUCCGAUUUGUCUUGAGCGAUGCCUACUCCAACCUCAGCCGCGAGGAGCGCGCCGCCCUGCUACACGAAGGUUCCGGCUCCGCAGUCGCCACCGCUUACGUCGAGAUCAUAUUCGACAAUGAAGACCGCCGCUUCCAAACCAUUGACAAGGAUGACGUCGCGAUCCGGCGGACCAUUGGGCACAAGAAGGAUGAAUACUCCGUGGACAAGAAGGUCUGGGCCAAGAAGGAGGUCUUACAGCUGCUCGAUACGGCCGGUUUCUCCAGGUCGAACCCUUUCUACAUUGUGCCUCAAGGACGCGUGACAGCUUUGACGAACAUGAAGGAGAAGGAGCGUCUGAACCUGUUGAAAGAAGUCGCUGGUACCCACUUGUACGAGGACAAACGUGCCGAGUCCUUGAAGAUCAUGAACGAAACAAACAACAAGAGGGAAAAGAUCGACGAGCUUCUCGCGUACAUCAAGGAGCGCCUGAGCGAGCUGGAGGAGGAGAAGGAAGAGCUCCGGGGCUUCCAAAACAGCGACAGGGAGCGCCGCUGUCUCGAAUAUGCAUACUACUACCAACAACAGACUCACUUCGAAGAGGCUCUCGAGGAGUUGGGAUCGGCCAUAAAAGAUGGCGGUGAGAACGACACAGAGCAGCGAGUGGCCUUCUCGAAGGGCGAGAAGGCCAUCGCGGGCAUGGAGUCGAAUUUGAGCUCUCUGGAGCAACAGCUGAACUUGCUCAAGAUCGAUAGGCGGCAGCUUGAGGAGGAUCGUCGUGAGGUGGCUAAAUCGCGGGCCAAGGCCGAGCUCAAGGUGAAAAACCUAGCCGACAGUCAAUCGUCCCGAGAUAUGGCCAAGCAUCAACACGACACAGAACUGGACGCCGUCAGGAAAGAGAUCAAGACCAAGGAGAACGAGCUUAAGAAGUUGACUCCUGAGUUUGAGAAGCACAAGAAGACCGAGUUCGAGGUGAAGCAAGCACUGGACCACGCCGAAAACCGACGGAUGCGCCUCCUGAACAAGCAGACCCGGAGCUCACAAUUUAAGAGCCGUGCUGAGCGAGACGACUACCUGCAAAAGGAGAUUAACGACCUCAAUCUGACCAUCUCGAAGCAAAAGGCCAAUCUGAUUGAUGCCGAGGAAGAGGUCAAGAACGUGACCGAGUCCAUUGAUGGUCUCGAGAGGUCUGUCGCAGACCUUCGCGCCCAACUAGAGAAUUGGGGUGGCGGUAGGCAGUCAAUGAUUGACCAGGUUGCGCAAGCUCAAGAGACUCUUGACAGCCUCAACGAAGAGAGGAAGAGGUUGCGCCGCGAAGACGACAAGCUUGACACAGUUCUCGCAAAAGUCCGCGAGGAAAGGGACCGAGCGGAACGUGAGCUGUCCUAUGCCAUGGAUCAUGCCACCGCCAAAGGUUUGGCCACUUUACGCCAAAUAAGACGCGAGAGGGACAUUCCAGGCGCAUACGGGACUCUCGCGGAGCUGAUGGAGGUCCCAGAGGCAUACCGCAUCGCUGUCGAGCAGACUGCAGGAACCAGCCUCUUCCAUUACGUUGUUGACAACGAGAGGACGGCAAGCAUGCUUGCGACAGAGCUUUUCAAGAGACACGGUGGCCGCAUCACCUUCAUGCCCCUUGCGCAGUUGAAGCCGAGGCGCAUCAACAUGCCUCGCGCGAGCGAUAUUGUGCCCCUCAUCAACAAGAUCAACUAUGACCAGGAGUUCGAAGACGCCUUCCAACAAGUCUUUGGCAAGACUGUUGUCACCAACAACUUGCAAAUUGGUGGACAAUAUGCCAGAAGCCACAACGUGGACGCCAUCACAUCCGACGGAGAUAUCAUUAACAAGAGGGGUGUCAUCUCUGGUGGAUUUAUCGACACGCGCAAAUCACGCUUGGAAGCUGUCGCGGCCGUGAACCAGUGGCGUGACAAAUACGAGGAGAUUCUGUCGCAAGCAUCGGAAACCCGGAAACAAUUGGAGCAGAAAGACCAGGAGAUUACCCGCGCAUUGGGCGAAUUGCAGAAGACAGAGUUGCAAUUACGGCGAGCUGAUGGUGGCCUUGACCCGCUCAGGAUUGAGCUGAGAAGCAAACUCGCCCAACUCGAACGUCAGCGAGAGCAUCUUGAUGCAGCUAUCAGCAGGAGAGACCAGGUCGACAAGAACAUGCAUGACUUCGGUGCGAAUCUCGAGGCGAUGGAGGCGGAGCUGGCUUCUGACUUCAAGAAGGCUCUGACUAGUGAUGAGGAGCAGGCGGUAGAAGAGCUCACUCAGCAGGUGCAACAGCUGCAGAAGGAGUGGAACGUGGCCGCCAAAGCUCGGAGAGACUUGCACACGCGGAAACAGAUAUUGGAGACAGACCUGCGUCAAAACCUGCGUCUUAAGGAAGACCAGCUGAGCGGUUUGGCCUUUGAGAACUCCACUGCCGCUGAUGGAGGCAGCAGCUACUCGGAUGCGCAGAAAGAACUCAAGAAGAUCCAGAAGUCCACCGUCUCAAUCGAGAAGAAGAUACAGCAGAAUGAAGCACAGGCUGAGGAGCUCGGCUCUCAGAUCUCAGAAGUGGGAUCAGCCAUCGAGGUGAAGCAACAGGAGCUGCAGGAGCUUGCCCGGCAGAUUGAGAGGCACCAGAAGAGGAUAGAGAAGAGCGCACAGAAGAAACACAUCCUCAAUGGCCAGAUCGAAGAGAUGGCCAAGAGCAUCCGGGACCUGGGUGUGCUUCCGGACGAGGCCUUCAGCAAGUAUAUCAAGCUCAAGUCAAACGAGAUCACGAAGCGGCUGAAGAAUGUCAACGAGAAGCUCAAGAAGUACAAGCACGUCAACAAGAAGGCCUUUGAGCAGUAUAACAGCUUCACAACACAACAGGAGCAGCUUCUGAAGAGGCGAGAAGAACUUGACGCAUCGCAAGCCUCCAUUGAGGAGCUGAUUGCGCAUCUUGAUGAGCGGAAAGACGAGGCAGUCCAGCGCACCUUCAAGCAAGUCUCGAAAGAAUUUGCAGAAAUAUUCGAGCGGCUGGUCCCUGCUGGGCGUGGCGGCUUGGUCAUCGAGCGCAAAGCCGACAAGCGCCGGGGAGAGGCUGAGGAUUCGGACGAACAGGAUGGAGGCAGUGUCGAGAACUACACCGGAGUUGGCAUCAAAGUGUCUUUUAACUCGAAGAUGGAUGAGCAGCAGAAGAUCCAGCAACUCAGUGGUGGCCAGAAGAGUCUGUGUGCUCUCUGCCUGAUUUUCGCACUCCAGCGGACUGAGAGCAGUCCCUUUGUCAUUUUCGACGAAGUCGACGCCAACCUCGACGCGCAGUACCGGACAGCGGUGGCGGAGCUGCUACAGACGCUGUCCAAGGAGGCUGGCACCCAGUUCAUCUGCACUACUUUCCGACCUGAGAUUGUCAAUGUGGCCGACAAGUGCUAUGGUGUAACUUUCCGCAACAAGUCGAGCGCUAUCGGCUGCUACGACACGGAGGACGCACUGGAGUUUGUCGAGGGCCAGGCCCCGAGGUAGUCUGUUGAUGAUGUUACUCGAACGCGCGAACGCGGAGACUAGAGGCUGUGCUGUACAGGACUGGGAAGAGGCUGCUUCCUUAAUGACCAUUCUGGCGGGUUUGCUUUUGUCUCACGACAUGAGGGAUGGAGUCGGCCUCCAGGUUCCGGCGAGUGUGGUGUUUCUUGCUUACGAUGUACAAAUUGCGUUAUUGCAGUAUUUCCUGAACGGAGGGAAGGAUCAUUCUGGUAUGAUAUCCUGGAAGCAUGAGUAUUGACACAAUUCUACCGCCUGGACGUGCAA